UUAAAAUACAAUGUUCCACCGAGUACAAACUUUUCUCUCCAUCUCAGCCGUUUUUCUCUGACUAAUUGCCGUCUGGUUUUCCGGUGGAGUCUUCCAGAAUUUCUGCCGGUGAGUUUGUUUGCUAAAAGCAGAGAGAUGUUUCUAUUGGAUUGGUUUUAUGGAAUAUUGGCGUCGCUAGGGUUAUGGCAGAAGGAGGCAAAGAUCCUAUUUUUGGGCCUUGAUAAUGCAGGCAAAACGACGUUGCUUCAUAUGUUGAAAGACGAGAGGUUGGUGCAGCAUCAACCAACACAAUACCCAACGUCAGAGGAGCUAAGUAUUGGGAAAAUUAAGUUCAAGGCUUUUGAUUUGGGCGGCCAUCAAAUUGCUCGAAGAGUCUGGAAAGAUUAUUAUGCCAAGGUGGAUUCUGUUGUGUAUCUUGUUGAUGCAUAUGACAAAGAGAGAUUUGCAGAGUCGAAGAAGGAACUGGACGCACUGCUCUCAGACGAGUCAUUGGCAAAUGUCCCGUUUCUUAUUCUAGGGAACAAGAUUGACAUACCAUAUGCAGCUUCAGAAGAUGAGCUGCAAUAUUACUUGGGCUUAAGCGGUGUCACAACUGGAAAGGGCAAUGUUAAUCUCGCUGAUUCAAAUGUCCGCCCAAUCGAGGUUUUCAUGUGCAGCAUUGUGCGGAAGAUGGGAUAUGGUGAGGGCUUUAGGUGGAUGUCUCAGUACAUCAAGUAGGAAAAUGGUGAGGGUUUUUAAUUUUCUGUAAUAUCAUCUUAGACUUAAUUUGUGGGUUGGUAGAGUAAAAUUUGUGUGUUACAUCUUCCUAGGGUGAUAUAAUCUGAAACCAAUAAGGUGCAUUUUCUGGUUAAUAUCAAUUGUUUGAGUACCUGUUACCA